AUGCAACUGCAGACUCUAGCGUACGCGAUUUCAGGCGCAUUUACGCUGCUAGCGAUCGUCUUAUCCGGGUGGCUCAUCUGGACACAUUUAUUAUACAAUCCAUCCGCAGGCAUUCGCAAGCAUGUGAUUCGUAUCCUCAUGAUGGUUCCUAUUUACGCAUUAACGUCAUAUAUGGCACUAGUCUUUAACGAGUCCAAGCUUUUAUUCGAGACUGUACGCGAUCUAUAUGAAGCCUUUGCUCUCUACUCGUUUCAUUGUUUCCUCGUUGAAUAUCUUGGUGGUCAGUCUGUUUUAGCAAGCACCAUGCGUUCAAAGCCGCAGAUGACGCAUGUUUUUCCAUUUUGUUGUGUACGACCGUGGUCUAUGGGGGGAAAGUUUUUGCGUCAAACGACAAUUGGAAUAUUACAAUACAUUCCAAUCAAAUUAUUGAUGAGUAUUGUGAUGCUUAUCACAAGUUUAGCAGGAGUUUACGGAGAAGGUGAACUCAUGAAUCCUUUUGUGAGUUACGGUUACGUUUGCUUCAUCUUAAGUGCUUCUCAAACAUGGGCAUUAUAUUGUCUACUCAUCUUUUUUCAUGGAGCUCACGAAGAGUUACAACCCAUGCGACCAUGGCCAAAAUUUCUUGCGAUUAAAGCUAUUAUCUUCUUUACUUAUUGGCAGUCAAUUAUGAUCAGUAUGCUCAAAAUUGCGUCGGCACUCAAUGAUUUUGUCAUUUGUGUGGAAAUGCUGGGCUUUGCCAUUGCACACCAUUACGCUUUUGCGAUUGAAGAUUUCUUGUCGCCUUCGGGUGUCACAGUGUCCUCUUCAAAUGUUAAAGCACCUCUUCUGGCGUUUUUCAUGGAUGCAAUUAAUGUGACUGACGUAUCAACUGAUCUCAAGAACUCGCGGAAUGAAAUUUUGACCAAGAAACAAGCACUUGCGGCCAACGAUAUAAUUCUGCAUAUAGUCCUGUACAAUAUGGCACGAAACGAUGACGAAUGUGACAUUGGUACUGACAAGAAAAAGAUAUGUUUGCUAACAGGACGUCAUCUUGUAGCACCAUAA